GACAAAGUUUCGACCAUCCUACCUACACGACCUUAUCGUCUUGCAUCACCACAUGACUUGGCCACCUCCCCCGACCCGCCACCCCGUCACUGAGUCUUUGUCUCCAUGGGAAGGCCGCAGUUGCCAUCCGCCGAAGGACACCCCGCCAGGCUGAGCCGUCGGCAGCCAUCCUGUGUCUCGUUGGCUUGUCAGCGGGAUGCGUCAGUGGCAUCGAGUUGAGCUUGAUCAGUUGCGGGGGGGGCUUGUCCAAGCAUAAAAAGUCCACAAUAUCCUUGACGGGAGGCCUCUCGUCCCUCCUUAUGCCGCUCUUGGCCUCGCCGUAGGGGCCGGCCGUGUGUGAGCGGUGUCUGUCGUCAUCGUCCACUAUGCUGUGUCCCGACUGCUGAUACAUGUAGUGGCACGGCGGUGUCAUGGUGGCCUUGUCGACGUAGAUAGGCCGAUGGUCGGUCGGCGAAGGCUCAUGGAUGGAGUCACGUGUUGAGGCGGGGGAAAAGAACGCCGCUUUUCUUUCCUUCCAGUCGGACACGUCCUGUGUCAGUAGCUUCUGUUUCUCCAUAGCUUCCUGGUGCCUCUCACGCUCCAUGACUUGCUGUUUGUUCAGCUUGGAGGGGCCAGCGAGCAUUUUAAGGGCGAUCGUCUCGACCUUUGCCUUCCGCUGUCCUUCCGCUCGACUCAUCGUGCCGUCGGUGGUUUCGCUCCUCCUCUCUUGCCAACUGACUUGUGAUCU